CUGCGCGAGGAGGCCCCCCCCCAGCCCCCGCCCGCCCCCCCCAACCACCAGUACGCCAAGUCACUGCCCGUCUCUGUGCCCGUCUGGGCCUUCCGGCAGGCGGGGCCUGAGCCGCGCUCGUCUGACGAGGAGAAUGCCAAGCACUCGUCCCCGGACCUGGAGAAGAUCGCGGCCAGCAUGCGGGCGCUGGCCCUGCGCGGCUCCGACGGCACCGAGAUGUUCGGGGACCUGCCCCGCCCCCGCCUCAACACCGGGGACCUCCAGAAACUGCAGCGGAAGUAUUGACACACCCCCGGCCGGAGGAGGGGCCCCCCGCCAGCGCCCCCUCCCUUGGACACUACACCCCCAAUGGCAGGGCAGGGGGAAUCCCCACCACCCCCAAACGGGCCUGCGGUGACAGAGGCUCUGUGGGGCCCCGUGAGCCGGUGGAACUACCCGCCACCGCAUCUAAGCUGCUCAUGCUACAGGAUCCCGAGGGUUGCUGGAAGAUGAUGAGGGGGAGCCCUGUGUCCCCCCCGCACUCCAUCCCCCCCUUCCCCACAGCAGCAGAUGUCAGGGAGCCCCUCCGAUCCCCCCAGCACUACAGCUAAUGAGAGGGGAGCACCCCCCACACACUACAGGGGACGCUGCCCCCCCUCUCCCCAAGUGUCUUAAUAGAUUUUUUUGUAAGGCCCUGUUUGCACAUGAGCUGUUCCUCCUGGAAAGGGGGGGGCAGCUUCCCCAAACCCCCCCAUGGGAGGGGGGCUCUGUCGUCAGCCUCCAGCAGAGAAUUAUACACCCCCCCCGAACUGACACCCGAAUUUUGGGUGGGGGGGACUGCCCCCUCCUUUGAGAGGACAGGCAGGGGCGGGGGCUCCCCUGGCCUCAGUACCUGACCCCAGUGGGGCCCUGGCCUGGACCCCCCACCCCCUCUUUUGUACCAGAUGCUCAGGGGCCCUGGCUCCGCCCCUUUAUUUUUGUCCAAAGAUGAUUGGUGGGUCAGGGCGCGGGGAGCCCCGCCCGUCCAUCCCUUGUUGGCCAAUAAAGAGAUGCUGACUUUUACCAGC